GUAUUAUUUAAUACAAAACUAUAUUGAAUUUCGACAAAAAAGCAAAGAAAACAUUUUCAUUGUUUAUCAAAGAAACAUAAAAAGUGAAGACAAAAAAAUAGCAAUAGUUUUGGUCGUCGUUUAAGUUGUUGUUUGUCGACCACUACUCUCUGCAAACACUAAAACACGAUUUAAUGUCACACUUUUGAAUGAGACGUCGAUAUGUUCAACAAUGGGUCGCAAUUGUUGUUGUAUUAAUGGAUUUUGGCUUAAAGGCAGCUCCAAAGCCAACCCGCAUCCCAGUGCCGGCUAUAGAGAUCAGUGUUGUGCACAUCAUCUGCCGGUCAGUCAGAGUUGGUCUCGAAAGACAUCCCAUAUCAACACUGGUCAUAGCUUUUGCCAAAUAAGACGAUUUGCUAAUUGCAAUAAUAGUCAUAAAAACGAAAAAAUUAAUUACUAUUUUCAAAAUGACAACAAAACUAAUGACAAAAAUAUCAAUUGUCAUAAAAAUAAAUGCUUUCAAUUGAGAAAAGAGUGUUUACUUUACUUAAUACUGUUUUGCGUGUCUUUUAUGUGUUUUGUUAACAGUUUUAGCGGUGACUUUGUUCACGACGACAUUGUGGCCAUCAAUACCAACGCUGAUGUAUUGGGAAACACAUCUAUCUAUCAGAUAUUCUUUCACGACUUUUGGGGCAAACCUAUGGCUCAUUCGGAUUCGCACAAAAGCUAUCGACCACUAACUAUACUGACAUUUCGGUUAAAUAUGAUGUACAGCAGUCAAACAUUUGGGUUUCAUUUGGUUAAUGCUUUACUUCACUCUAUGGCAUCACUUUUGAUGGUUUAUCUCGUGAGAAGUGAACUACAAUUUAACUAUGAAUUGUCAUUACUAUCGGGUCUUCUCUUUGCAACUCAUCCUAUCCAUUGUGAAGCGAUCUCGAGUAUCGUUGGAAGGGCUGAUGUCUUGUGUUGUAUCUUCUAUUUGGUCUCUUUUCUUGCUUUUGCUAAAUCACUUCAUUGUGUUGUGGUUAACAAACGGAUGAUCUUUUUGUUGACUGUAUGCCAAAUCACCUCAAUAUUAGCCCUACUGUCCAAAGAGCAGGGCAUCACUGUAUUAGGAGCUUCUAUUGUCUACUUUCUCAUCAUUAGAUGGAAUAGCCUUCAAAUGCCUCUUAAAAAUGUCUCAUCGACUUCAAUGAGAGAAAGUGUUAGUCAAGCAAACAAAGUAUGGCUCUAUAGUCCACUUAUAUCUGUUGUGAUAACUUUAAUGGUAUCGCUUUGGUAUCGCAUUGCACUUCUAGGAGGAACUCUUCCCAUAUUCAGUGAACAGGACAACCCUGUUUCGUUUGCUAACUCAGCCAUGUCCAGGUUUCUAACAUACAGUUAUUUGUCGUCAUUUAACGCCCGACUCCUUCUUUUGCCAUCAACUCUGUCCUAUGACUGGCAAAUGGGAAGUAUUAAACAGAUAACUAGUAUUUCCGACACCAGAAAUAUAUUUUCCUUAAUAUUGUUUACUAUUUUGUUUGCAAUUUUAUGGAAAAUAUAUCAAAGCCUGACUUUAUCUCGUGUCGACCAUCAGUCUCAACUUUACUAUCGGAAAGUAUGUAUAGGAUUGACAUUAUUAAUAAUGCCAUACAUUCCGGCCUCUAAUUUGUUUAUAACCGUUGGCUUUGUUGUCGCUGAAAGAGUUUUAUAUAUACCAAGUAUUGGUAUGAUUAUAUUGGUUUGCAUUGGUUAUCAACGAAUUACUCACAGCACACAUAUAUUUGCCAAAAAAUUAACUCCAAUAAUAAGAUCCGUAUUGUUUGGACUAAUCAUUAUAUUUACCAUAAAGACUGUCAGACAGAACAAGUCAUGGAUGUCAAGAGAGGCCCUCUUCGAGUCUGGACUUAGAAGUCUUCCUCAAAAUGCAAAAACUCAUUAUAAUUACGCUAAUUUACAAAAGGACCUGGGUAAUAUUGAACUGGCUAUGAAACAUUACACCAAUGCUCUCAGCCUAUGGCCAGAUCACGCCAGUGCUCACAACAAUUUGGGAACACUAUUCUGUGAACUUUCCGAAACAGAAUCGGCUGAAAAACAUUUUAAGGCAGCGCUGGCUAUCAACCCGUUUCAUCCGAGAGCUCACUUCAAUUUAGCCAAUAUAUACAGUAAACAAGGAUUAACUUCAAAAGCAAUAUCGUUGUUAAAGAAAGCUAUUGAAUUGGACGAUGAAUUUGCCGAACCGUACUCAGCGUUGGCCUCACUUUAUGGUCAAAUUGGUUGUAAUGAAGAAGCGGAAAGACUUCAUUUGCAAGCACUUAGACUUGACUCUGAAAAUGCAGACUUUUGUAAUAAUUUUGGUGCCUUUUUGCAGAAAUUAGGUCGUAGUGAUGAAGCAAUCAAACAGUACCUGAAAGCUAUAGACAUACAGCCUAACCAUACGAUAGCACUGGUAAACGCCGCCCGAACUCUCAAAUCUAUGAAACACACGAAAAAAGCGGAGAUUCUUUACAAGAGAGCACUGGCAGUACAAGAGGAUCCAUUGAUUUUAGACAAUUUAGGCGUUUUAUAUAUAAGUUGGAGUAAACUAUUGGAAGCAAAACAGAUAUACGAAAUAUUGAAUCAAAAAUAUCCCGAUUAUGGCGAAGGAAAGAUACAUUAUGCACAACUACUGAUCCAACAGAAAAACUUCAGUCGUGCGGAACAAAUGCUGUAUUCAGUGAUCAAUACAAACAGCAGCCAUAGGGACGCAUACCAUCAGUUGGCUAUCCUUUACAGUCAAGUCAAUAAAACCACUGAAGCACUCGACUAUAUCGUUAAAGCGUUGACAUUAUGUUCACCGGAUGACAUAACAUGUGCGCACCUGUAUGUAGAGCACGGGGAUAUAUUGCGUGACCUUAGGGAUUGGCAAAGUGCUGCUGAGAGUUAUCGGAUAGCAAUAUCACUGGAUAGUAGUAUAUCCCGAUCUCAUCUGAAUUUAGCCGUUAUCUGUCAUUUAGAGGGCGACUAUAAUACAGCAUUACAUCACUAUUUUCAGGCACACAGUCUGGACCCGAAUAACCCGAUUAUUUUGGACAAUAUAUCCAAAUUGAAGAGACAAUUGUAUCGACAAAAGUAUUAUAACAAUGGAUGCCAUCGCGUGUCUCAAUCAUGUCCUGUCGUCCGAUGAAGGGUUGAGCCAAAUCUCAUUUCAUUACAUUAUAUCACAACUAAACUCAAACUUUUGCACUC